CUGAAUUGCUAUUUAUGCAUUAAUUAUGUAAAUCUUAGUUAAUUUUACAUAUUAUUUUCAGAUUAUAUUAUUCUGAGCUUUUUUGUUAAAUAUUUUAUAAACAAUUGUUCGAGACAUUGAAAGGGAAGUUACUCGCAAAUUUCACUUUCCCAGGUUGCCGCCAAGUUUAUGUGGAAGUGUAAUAGAUGAAGACUUUUGCUUUCUUUAAACCAAAGCUAUCAUUAGAUUAAAGAAUGCUCUUCUAGGCAUGUCAGUCAUUAACUUCCUCCCUACUGAAUCUACAUUAAAAUUGCAGUGCAUGUGUGUGAAUGAUUCUAAAAUAGCCUUGGAACACAAUGUCGGUAAUGACCCCAGCCCAUACCAUGUUUCUUCAGGCUUUUAUGGCAAAAGGAAUGCUUAAUGGCAAGGAAGUGAAGGAACUUCAUAGAUCAUGCUGUGAGCGGUUUGAGGUAAGCUAUGGUGACACCGAAGAAGAUCGCCGCAGUCGGCUUGUGGAAUUAAUUCAUCUAAUUAAUGCCAAAAUUCAGGCAUUUCAUUUGGAAAUUAAGAAGGGUGUUAGUGAAGAAGAUGGGACUAACUUUUAUUGCCUGAUUAAUAAUGUAGAGAACAACAUUACCAGGCUGGCAUCAGACUAUACAGCCACUGAACUUGAGUUCUUCAAAAAACUGGUGGAAAAGAUAGUUGAAUCAGACGGAAUGGUUGGGUCAGUGGCUGCUCUAAAUAUCACUACCUCGGAAAACCUAGACAGAAAGCUAAGCAAAGCUGAUGCCCAGGAUCUGCUUGAAAGACUAGAGCAAGACAGGUGGAUUGUGCAGAAGGAGGGUUCUGUCUCUCUCUCUGUCCGCUGCAUUUUGGAACUGGAACAGUACAUCAGGGAGGUAUAUCAAGAUUCCUGUAAACUCUGCAACAUCUGCAAGCAGCUUUGCCUGAGAGGUCAAAGCUGUGAGGAGUGUGGUUUAAAAAUUCAUGCUCACUGUGCAUCUAGAUUCUUCCAACAGAAUAACAAUCCUCAUUGUCCAGAUGAAGACUGUCGAGCACCUUGGCCCCAUGAACUUUUGCAUGCUCGAGACCCUUCAAGAAAUCAAGAUAAUCCACCAGCCCCACAGAGGUCCAAACGAAAGAGAACAGAGGCAUAGACCAUAUCAGCCCUACAAAGUCUGUGUAAUAUGUAAAUAAAAUUAUUAGAAAAUAAAAAGACAAUUGCAAACUGAGUUGUAAUUGUAGUAAAAAAAAAAUUCUUGGAAGUUUUUUAUAACUGCAGAUUGUACUAUUCUGUUGUUUAGUUGUGCAUGUUACUUUCAUCAUCAUCAUCCAUCAUCAAUUAUCAUCAUUGCAUCAAUCCCUUAGCCCUGAUUUGCCAUAGUGGCACCUGAUGAUAUUACCAAUAAUACUGCAAGCACCUUUGUGUUAGUUUGUCAAGUGCUAUAUGCCCUGCUGAUGCUGGAGAAAGGUGUUUAAUGCGCUUUAACAAUAAAGCUCUAACAUAUUACUUUUUUCAAAUUGCGUGUUUACUAUUAUGCCGAUGAUGAUACCAUUUGAUAGUGAUGAAACCAAAAACGCUUUAUUCCACAUAAGAGCAUCUUGAACGCAUGCAAAUCGUGAGUCGCAUGUACGUGCGAAACAAGUUUACAAGGAAGGACAUCUUAUGGCUACUGUACACUGACAUCGAAAUGAGGGAGGAGAUGAGUGUAGGUCACGUGGGCCUGCAGGGAUGGGUUGUGGGGGGCAAUCUAAGGGCGCAGCGCUGGGUAUGGAGUCUGAGCCGGUCCUUCGACAACCGAUUCAUCAUUUGCUCGUUUCUCUUCUGACACCCACUCCCCACCCCCUUCAGGCUAUUACAGAUUUCCGUUCCUGAUGUUGCCUGCUGACAGGGUGGGGCGCACAAUACAAAAGGUGCACUGUGGGAUCGAUCACACGUAAACAUACAUUUUUUAAAACUAUCUUUUUCCAUUUUAACAAUUGGGAAGUUCAGAAUUUGAAGGAAGUGAUUACAAAUAUCGUUAAGUUAAUAAAUUUUUGUUCUCUGAAAUGGCGGCCAGGGUAGAAGCUCCAAUACUGAUAACCCCCUGCAGCAGUUGCACCAGAUGACCUCUAGCUCCUCUCCUCUCCUCCUCACCUCAUCUUCAAGUGCGCAUGUGUGGGUAGUUGAAAGGGGCAUGAAAGUAGGAAGAGAGUUUGAAACGCGUGGAAAAGGCAUAACGACAAAUAAUAAUAAUACUAAAAAGAAGUAUAAAUCAACUCGUAAAGGCAGCAACAAGUGAAAAAACAAACCAUGACAACCCAUUUCGAAAUCUGUUUCAUCUUCGCUGUCCUGGCGACAAAGGUAAGCACGCUGUUUUCACUCUAAUGGCCGGUGUUUAAUUUCUCCAGGGAAUUGCAGAUGUAAGUAAAAUAUAUGAACUGAUAGGCAUUGCGGGUUAAACGUAUUUUCGCUCAGUGUCUGUCACACUGCUGUUGUUCUGUGUAAUAUAAAAAUCAUUAAGAAAUACAAAUAACUUAGAAAUAAAGACAAAUCAAGUUGUAAUAAAAUAAGUUUUUUAGUUUUCGUGGAGGAAGUUUGUCGUAGUUGCAGACUGUGGAAUUGCAUGUGUAUACAUGCAUUCUUUU